ACACAAGCCUAUUGUGGCGUUUCAUUCUGAUCCCAGUGCGCGAUCAUAUACCUCCCACGGAGGAGAGUCGGAAAUCGUUAAUAAAGCAAGCUGGAGACGGGAGGCGGUGUAAACCGCGAAAGAUACACACCGUGACACAGUCAGGGCCUUUGCCAUUUCUGCCUGUCGGGUCACAACCUGCUUAGGUCCUGAUGGACACACACACACACACCCACACACCACACGCACACACAGAUUCAUCAGCGAGAGAGCACAGAAGCCGAGAAGCGACUGAGCCGCACAGGGAAUCGACCCACCCCCGAGAACUAGAUUUAAACAACCCGGCUCGCCCAAGAGGAACGAUAACCAGCGACAAUAACAUAUGAAAAGUCAUGCACUGAGGGAUCGGCGGAACAGCUACACGAAAAUAAGAGCAGGAGGCAACGCAGGUGAUUUACCACUAUAAAACAAACCAAAGAGACUGGAAACAUAACUGAGAAACACUGAAAUGUGUGUCUAUAGUUUCAAUACCAUAAGCGGGUAUUACAAGGCAAUGCAUCUGCAGCAUCUUUAAUGAUUCGGAUUCGCUGUCGUUUAUUUUAGUUUUUGGAGCAGCACCGAACCGCGAUUUUGGGAAUCUGUUUAUCACUUCAGCACCCUCCCUCUGGUCGAUCAUAUCCCAAGAGAUACCCCAGCAAUAACCGCGAACCGAGCCCCGGUUUCAGAACACAGGCUGUCACAUUCCGGGUCCGGAUUCCUUUGACAUAGCCGCCGAGGGCAAGGGAAGAACCUCUCAAGCCGAAACAUGUACUGCCAUGCCGGGGGCGCGCUCUUCCUGUUAUUCGGGUUCCUGCUUGCUGUCAUCCACAGUCUGGAGAACACCACAGAGCACACAACAGCACUGAAACCCCCCCACCAGGCCGCCGCAGUGCACUCUCACUUUGAGGACUGUCCCGACUCGCACAGCCAGUUCUGUUUGCAGGGAGCCUGCAGAUUCCUGGUGCAGGAGAAGAUGCCAGCCUGUGUGUGCCCCCCCGGGUUCAUGGGCUCCCGCUGUGAACACGCUGACCUCCUCGCCGUGGUCGCGGCCGAUCAGAAGCAGCAAACCAUCGCCUCCGUGCUGGUGGGGGGGGUGGUGGGGAGUGUGCUGCUCAUCCUGCUGUGUGUGCUGCUGCACUGCUGUGAGAAGCGUGGCCCCUGUGUUUGUGGUCGACCCCACUCUUAUCGCCAUGAGAAACCAGACAGCCUGCUGAAGGGCAGGGCUUCCUGUUGUCAUCCAGAAACAGAAUCGCCUCCAUAUGCACAAGUGUGAGGCGGGGAAUGGAUUUCAUCACAGCCUGCUCUGUUCCCGAACCCGAACACUCCCCGGGCAUGACCUCUUGACAUUCCGACAUCGCCACGGCAACUCUCUCUGCUGAUUCAGACAGGGCCCAGCUACUGCAGAGACAACCAAACCAAACGCUGCUUCGCUCUCCCUACCGCUCUGCCGUGGCUUUCCAACAAUCGCUCUCUUCACUUUCGCGCCACCAAGGAAUUAUACAGCAACCCCUCUCUACCAAAAGGGACUGAGUUAGCCGGUCCUAAUAGAGGGGCAUCAGACUCCUCAGAAGGGACAGGGGGCCCGUCUUUAUACUGAGCUGGUCUCAAUUUAAAUUUUUUAUAUUGAAGACAUUUGUACGGGAUUUCGCUUCCAAUGAAAUUGCAGAUCAGGAAGUGAUACAACAUCGUCCCAAAACCAAACUGGACAUCGCUUGUUUUUUUAAAUUGCCCAAUCACAACCAAGACCCGUUUGGCAGGAAAUGGCCAACAGCCAAUCAGAAGAGCACUGGGUCCUGGCAUAGAAGGGAGACUUGCUGUUUGUGUAUAAAAUCAAACAAACGAACAAAGACAAGGUUAGGGUUUUGAAGGAUCCACAUUGACACUGUGCUGUACGCUGUUUCUUUUGAUGUAAUCAUAGAGGCACUGUGCUUACCAGGGAUUUCCAGAGGACCAGCACUGUGAAAGGUUCCAGUGGGACUGUCUGGGUUUGUCAGACACAGUGAUCUACAUGCAAUAAUAAGAACUGGGAUCACUGCAAAUCAUUCCUUCUGUUCAGAAACUGCUGCUCAGCGACCUCAGGGCUUUGAGAGAGCGGAAAAAAAACAGAUCCUAAUGCUUCCAGAUCAACAAGCCAUUCCGUUCUCCUGGCGAAUUGAGAGACUUUAUUUGUUAGGGUGUGUGUUUAUAUUUUGUUCUUCAGAUGAUCCAUAACUUGAAAACCUCGGGUCAAUUGCAGCGUACAAAACUGUGUCCACUUGACGUGUUUUGAUUAGAAGGUUUAGUUCACUUGAUUGGACCAAAGUUAGUAGACCUGCUAAUCCCAAUUGCAGCGUACCAGAAGUGACUCAUCACAGGUGGAUCAUCUCCUAAAUCAGACUAAACAAGAUCCUGAUUGCAGCAGCGUGCCAAAUCAGAUUUCUGAUGAUCCUGUUCAAGUGGAUUAACUCAGUACUGUGAAGGAUGAGACUAACUAAUUUAGUACGCUUGCUCGUCCUAAUCAUUUACUGCUUACUUUUUCUGCAUUUUUCCCCUGAAAUGACAAGUACAUCUGAAAACUUUAUUCUGUACAUUUCAUAUACCCGUCACGUUCGGGCAGUCAGAUCCUUGAGAAUAAAGUCUUGCACAGUAAGGUAUAUACAGACCCUACAUUUAAAAUAAACUUUUUUAUGACUGUACGUUUGAUACCGUUUUCAGUUUAAUGCCAUAUCAUUUCAGUUAAUCUGCUUUAACUAUGAACAGUAAUCUGCAUAUGCAGCAAUGUGGGCAGAUUAAAAAACAAGUAUGAUCUGCCAGUCAUUUUUAUUUAAAUAUGUUUCUUUUUGUGCAGGGAUCUCUUUGUAUAUUUAUCUGAUGCUGGAUUCUGCAUAUCGGAUCAGUAAAGAAGGGUUUAUACAGCUAGGGCCAAAUGUUUAGCAUCAGCUAAAAUUUUUAGGAUUGAGACAUUAUUAAAAAACAAAAAAAAAAGAUAUGAACCUAAUUGAGAUCUUUUAUUUAACAUCAUGUAAUCAAAGAAACUACAAAACGAUCGCAAAAGCCUACCGGAAGCCAUAACAGUAGUACAGUAUUUCAUGAUAGAUUUUUCAAUUUGUCCAUUUUUUGUUAAGUAUAUGGUAAAACUAGAAAGCAGUGUAUGUAAUUUAAUAUGUUAACAUAACAUUUGACUUUAUGAAGCACAGCGUGUCAUUUCUAGAGGGCGAUGCAAAACGUUUGUCCAGAGCUGCAGGUUAGUCCUCAUUAUCAGUCUAACUUGUUCCGAUCAGUUAAACUAAUUCCCGUGAUCGUGUGUUUGGUGCGCUGCAAUCAGGAUUAGGUUUGUACAGCUAUGCAGGAUUUUAUACUCCAUAUUUUAGUCAACUCGACAUGGACCAAGUCACUGGUACGCUGCAAUUGACCCCUUGAGUCAAAGGAAUUAGUUAAAACCUAAAAACAUUUUGACAGAAGUGUCUUUCCGAUUUCAGAUUCACCUUUGGUGUACAGUGUUGGAGGUCACAUUUACUCACAAACUCUAAUGUGUCCACACACGCCCGCACACACACACACACACACACAGAGCUUUCUCCCUCUCACGCACGCACACUCACACACACAGCACUUAGUCCCUCUCACACACGCACACUCACACACGCACGCACACAGCACUUACUCCCUCUCACGCACACACGCACACACGCACACACACACGCACAGAGAGCUUACUCCCUCUCUCACACACACACACACACACUCACGUACGCAUGCACACUCACGCACACUCACACACACAGCAAUUACUCCCUCUAACACACGCACUCACACACACACGCACAGAGAGCUUACUCCCUCUCUCUCACACACACACUCACGUACGCACGCACACUCACACAUGCACGCACACAGCACUUCCUCCCUCUCACACAAACACAUACUCUGUAACAUGUGCAUGCUCGUAAAUACGCAAACGCACGCCAAACCUGGGCCUGGUUUUCAAUGCUUAGUAAAUGCCCUUGAAUGUGGGUUCCUGAACACAGGCUGACACAGUAUGUUUUCUGUUUAACCCUUUCAUGCACGGCGACCUCAUGGGGACAGAUAAAAACUCUCUUCUAGUCUUUAUAUGGGAACAGUGAAAACUAGAUUUAUUAUGUGUCCAAAGCUACUUUUUCAGCUCUUUUCAAUAUUUCAUGCAUGAAAGGGUUAAACUGGUGGGUGUACAUUUUAACCCAAAAAUAUUUAAUUCUGAAAAGAAAUCAUAAUAAUAAUAAUCAUAAUCAUAAUCAUAAUAAUACACAUGCAAUACAAAGUGGAGUGCAUUUCCUCAGAAGUGUCCAUACUCUCUUUAAACAUCGUCACACACAAUCACACACACUUUUUAGACUAUUGAAUGAGACAACACGAAUACAAUCUCACAGAAAUGUAGUGGUGAAAGUGAAUUACAUGUUUUAUAUUCUUUACAAUUAGGAGAAUGAAGAUAUUGCACAUUCAAGUAAGAUGUUUUUUCAUUUUUAAGAAACGGCUGACAUUCCAGACCCCCUAUCGAUGGACUGGACCAAAGUUCAUAUGCAGCUCGGAUCCACUUUGACUAAUGCACUGGAUCAGAACUACUACUGCUAAUACUAAUAAUAAUAUUUAAUGGUUUUAAUUUAUUUUCUUUGUAAACAAAUGAUCGAUUUGUAUUUUCUGUAACGCAUUGCAGAUGUGACUGCUUGUUCUCUUCCUGUGUGUUCAUUAUUUAACAAGAACCCAACUGAAACAAGUCUGUGUGUGUGUGUGUGUGUUUCAUUACAGAGUGGUGCUGGUGUUGUGUGAUAUUCUGCAUCCCCAUACAAUUCUGCAUCCCAUGCUUAUUGUGCUAUAUGCAAUCAAGUGGUUUUUGUUUAGUAAAAAACAUUAUACUGUAAUAAUGCAAAUCUAGCCUAACCCUCACCGUUAACCUAACCUUAACAUUACAAAUCCUAGCCUAACCCUCACCCUUAACCUAACCUUAACAUUACAAAUCCUAGCCUAACCCUCACCCUUAACCUAACCUUAACAUUACAAAUCCUAGCCUAACCCUCACCCUUAACCUAACCUUAACAUUACAAAUCCUAGCCUAACCCUCACCCUUAACCUAACCUUAACAUUACAAAUCCUAGCCUAACCCUCACCCUUAACCUAACCUUAACAUUACAAAUCCUAGCCUAACCCUCACCCUUAACCUAACCUUAACAUUACAAAUCCUAGGCUAACCCUCACCCUUAACCUAACCUUAACAUUACAAAUCCUAGCCUAACCCUCACCCUUAACCUAACCUUAACAUUACAAAUCCUAGCCUAACCCUCACCCUUAACCUAACCUUAACAUUACAAAUCCUAGCCUAACCCUCACCCUUAACCUAACCUUAACAUUACAAAUCCUAGCCUAACCCUCACCCUUAACCUAACCUUAACAUUACAAAUCCUAGCCUAACCCUCACCCUUAACCUAACCUUAACAUUACAAAUCCUAGCCUAACCCUCACCCUUAACCUAACCUUAACAUUACAAAUCCUAGCCUAACCCUCACCCUUAACCUAACCUUAACAUUACAAAUCCUAGCCUAACCCUCACCCUUAACCUAACCUUAACAUUACAAAUCCUAGCCUAACCCUCACCCUUAACCUAACCUUAACAUUACAAAUCCUAGCCUAACCCUCACCCUUAACCUAACCUUAACAUUACAAAUCCUAGCCUAACCCUCACCCUUAACCUAACCUUAACAUUACAAAUCCUAGCCUAACCCUCAUCCUUAACCUAACCUAAACAUAAGAACAAAGUGUUCUCUUCGGGAUUCCAACAAAACAAACCGUAGCGAAAGUGCGGAAGAU